AUGGGACGACACAGCAACAACUCGCAUGACGGAUGGCUCACUAUCCAGCUCAACGACCCAUACAUCACCAUCCCAGACUCUUCUUCCUCCUCAGCUUCAAGCAACAUCCCGCUAUCAGAUGCAGAGCAAGAUAAACACCAGUACGAAUGUACACUCAUCGAACAGACAGAACACUUUCUGUCACCGACUACAACCGCUGCCCAUACCAACAACAAUAACAACAGCCACCCACAUGUCCUCCCGGCAGGCACUCAUAGGUUCGCCUUUAAGUUUACCCUCCACGAUCGACUCCCCCCCGUCAUCUCCUCAAGGGCCAUCAACAUCCAGUACCGCCUCACCGCUUCUAUCCACACGGCCUCCUUCCUUCCUUUCUCAUCGCCUCAUAUCGUUUCAAGGCCCGUCGUGCUUUUGCAAAGAGAUGAGUUGCCAUCGGAUGAUCUCUUCAACACUGCGGUCCUUAGAGUCGCCACACAAAAAUCAAGUCGGUUGUCGGGUCAUGUCAGUAUCCCAUGUUCUGUCAUUCCUCAGUCUGGAACGAUCCCUUUGGUGGUCAACCUGGGACUCAAAGGAAAUGCUUCGUCGGUUAGCAAAAUCACGAUCGAGUUACUGGAACGCAUCCUUGCCGUCGAUGAUGCUGAGGACCAGGAGGAUGUGUUGCUUCACGAGCGGUUAGUGACUCGACAGAACUGCCCGAUUCAGGACUGGCCUGGCUCGACGAUGGAUGAGCCAGUGAUGAUCGCCAAGCGACUCAUGUUCAAGGUCCCUCAAUUGCCUCUUUCCGCCUGGUCCUCAGUCGAGAGCGAGGAGGUCACCUCAUUGACAAGUUAUCGAGCUGGUCUCGAAAAAGGCCAUAUCCACGCCUCUGGAGACUACCGGCUAGGAUCCUUGUCCAACAACAACACCGCAACCGAUAACGGUGACAAUGGCGACACGAGGCACAUCCGCAUCCGACACUUGAUCCGGUUCACUUUCCAGAUCCGUGGUCUCACCGACCCAUCCACCUCCUCUGACGCAGAAACCAUCGAAACGGAAUCGUUCCAAAAGGACACCGAUGUCUGGAUCGUCGGCAAUCAAGAGUACCGCGAGGACGACACUCUCCCACCCAGCUAUUACCGGUCCUUCUCCACUACCCUCGUCGACAGCGACAAGAUCCACGAGAUAGACCAACGUGCAAUCGAAGCUCUCCAGGAUGACAUCCCUGACCUUAUUUUUCCACCUUGUUACGAGGACUGUCUCACUCGCCUCACACACACCGUCUCGUCUUCGUCAACGGUCGCAGGAAGCUCUGGAGAAGGAUCACGUUCGAGUUCUGUGUCGAGUUCUCCAACACUGGCGUCUUGGCGUCCUUCUGUCGAGAGUCAGAGGAGUGGGAUGAUGAUGGAUGUGAAUGUGUCACAUUUCAGUCUUGCGGAGAGCCAUGGUAGUCAGGAUACUUUUGCAUAUGACUUGCAGGCGUAUACGAAUCGAUACUCGCAAGCCAGCCCUGUUGUCGUCCUUGCAACGUAG